UUCUUGCAAAUAUUAACAAUUGGAGCGAAAAGUAAUAGUAGGGAUGAGGAGGGGGAAGUGAACGAUCGAAUCAUUUAAAUUAGUCUACGCCUCUGCUCUGCUCCAUUUCAAGCUUCUUCACCAAGCUUCUCUUCAAUGGCGCGCAACAGGGAAAUCUUGGUGCUGGUGUUGGAUGUUGGUCCAUCAAUGCACUUUAUUCUCCCCGAGGUCGAAAAAGUUUGUUCAAUGCUAGUAGAGAAGAAGCUACUCUACAACAAGUACGAUGAAGUAGGGAUUGUUCUAUUUGGAACUGAAGACACUAAAAAUGAGCUGACAGAGGAAGUUGGUGGAUAUCAGCAUGUGGUGGUUUUACAGAACAUGAAAGUGGUUGAUGGAGAUCUUGUUGAUGUUCUAAAACAGAUCCCUCGAGGGACUGUUUCUGGUGAUUUUCUUGAUGCCAUAAUUAUAGGAAUGGACAUGCUGAUAAAGAAAUUUGGAGAGACAGAAAGGGGGAAGAAACGCCUAUGUCUCGUGACAGAUGCUCUAUUCCCUAUAAAAGAACCUUAUGAAGGAACUAAAGAGGAUCAAGUUACGACCAUUGCGCAGCAGAUGACAAAACAUGGCAUAAAAAUGGAUAGUGUUGUUGUGAGAGGGAGGUUCGGUCAGGAUGCAAAUGAGAAAACAAUGAAUGAAAAUGACCUUCUUUUAAACAUAUUUUCACAGAAAACAAAUGCAAAAAUGGUGUAUGUGGAGAGUCCAACUUCAUUAUUAGGUGCAAUCCGGACUCGCAGUAUAGCACCUGUGACAAUUUUCAGAGGCGACCUUGAGAUAAGCUCCGUUAUCAAGAUUAAGGUAUGGGUUUAUAAGAAAACAUCAGAAGAGAAGUUUCCUACUCUGAAAAGAUAUUCUGAUAAAGCACCUCUAACUGAUAAAUUUGCCACGCAUGAAGUCAAGGUAGAUUAUGAGUACAAAAGUGCCGAAGAACCUAGUAAGGUAGUGCCUCCAGAACAUAGGAUCAAAGGGUAUAGGUAUGGACCUCAAGUGGUUCCUAUAUCGACCGCUGAAUGGGAUGCAGUGAAGUUCAAAACAGAAAAGAGCGUGAAGCUGCUCGGAUUUACGAAUGCCUCAAAUAUAAUGAGGCACUACUACAUGAAAGAUGUCAAUGUCUUCAUUGCCGAACCAGGCAAUAAAAGAUCCAUUGUUGCAGUUUCUGCUCUAGCAAGAGCAAUGAAGGAAAUGGACAAAGUGGCGAUAGUGCGAUGUGUUUGGAGACAAGGACAGGGGGGUGUUGUUGUGGGUGUCUUGACACCCAAUAUAUCCGAGAAGGACGGUAUUGCCGAUUCGUUAUUCUUCAAUGUACUUCCCUUUGCGGAGGAUGUUCGGGAAUUCCAGUUUCCAUCCUUCAGCAAUUUGCCAGCAUUCAUGCAGCCAAGUGAAGAACAGCAAGAGGCAGCAGAUGACUUUGUUAAGAUGCUUGAUCUUGCACCAGAUGGGCGAGAGGAAAUUCUACAGCCGGAUUUCACACCAAAUCCUGUUCUGGAGCGUUUCUACCGUCAUCUCGAGUUGAAAUCAAAGGAUCCUGAUGCUGCUGUACCUCCACUUGAUGGAACUCUCCAGAAAAUUACCGAGCCAGAUCCGGACUUGUUUUCUCAAAACAAAGCUGUUAUCAACACCUUCCACAGAAGAUUUGAACUCAAGGAGAACCCAAAGCUAAAGAAAUCGAGAAGGCAUUAUUUACGUGAAAAAGCAUCAGGUUCAAGCGAUAAAGAGGACAACGAAGAGAUUUCUGCUCAAAUUGUUGAGUCUGUUGCCAAUAUGCCUAUGGUUAAAGUCGAAAAGGUUGGAGAUUCAACUCCACUUGAAGAUUUUGAAUCUAUGAUGUCUAGAAGAGAUAGUCCAGAAUGGAUCAGUAAAGCAAUCAAUGGCAUGAAAAGCAAAAUAUUCGAUCUUAUCGAGAACUCCUCUGAUGGUGAUAGCUACACAAAAGCUAUCGAGUACUUGCGUGCACUUCGCAAGGGUUGCAUUAUUGAACAAGAACCAAAGCAAUUCAACGAUUUUCUCCGCCAUCUCCGUAACUUUUGCCCCGAAAAAAACCUCCAUACCUUCUGUGAAUUCCUCGCAUCUCAACAAAUUAGUUUGAUCUCCAAGGAAGAAGCUGCUGACAGUGAAGUAGCUGAUGAUGAAGCUAGAAGAUUUUGGGUUAAAAUGGAGCCUAAAUCAGAGCAAGUCUAGAUAAUGAUGAAUACAACAUGUAUAUAUAUGUAAUUUUGUGUAUCCAUCAAGUUUUGAAGCUUGUUUACUAGUAAUGUUACCUUAAAAGAAAUGAUAAAAGGAGGAAGUUAUUGGUUUAAA